UGGCUGUUUGUCUGAUAUUUCGAGCAUGUCUGGGCCGGAAAUUAGUUAGAUGCGGCCAAGGACGUUUGUAAUCCUAUCAACGAGAUUUGUGAUAAAGACGCGAGAAAAGAGUGUGGAAUCGAGCGGUAUAGCGCUAUUUGCAUAUUGCUUGCUGUUUAUAAUCCAAGGCAGCAGAUCGAAGGUUGUUCAGAAGCGGAUGAGUCGUGCGAGAGCUGGACUGCUCUCAGUGACAUAUCCGGUUGACGAAGGUAAUAGGCGUUUUUAAGAAUCAUUGCAAAGAAAUAAACGGUAUAUGAUGAAAUGAGGCUACGAGGAGAAGUAGAAGGGGACAAGUGAGGUGACAAUGUGGAGGUGCACGGUCGUCAUUUGAGCAUGAAUGGGAUGAUUAAGGUGAGU